CUGUUUAGAUGUUUUUAGAAACAAUCUGAAUAUGUUUCGAACUUUGUUUAAUAUUUGUUUCUCAAUUACCUCUCUUUGAAUAUUUUUAUUUGUAUUUGACAAAUAAUAUUACUAAAUUUGUAAUAUUAUGAUUAAUAUUAUAAAUUAUAACUUAUUAGUUAGAGAGUUUUUGAGGUGUUGAAACUUUGUAACGGGACUUCGGAUUUAUACACUACAGAAGUCUGAUUUUAUAAACACGAAGAUAACCUAAAAUUGCACACACGAACAUGCCGCCGAAAAAGAGUGCCGGUGCCGCAAAAACUAGUAAGGGUAAAUCCUCGGAGGGUAGUAGUGGAAAAGCAGAAAAGAAAGGAGGAUCCUCGGUCAAAGUUAGACAUAUCCUAUGUGAAAAACAAUCAAAGGUACUAGAGGCAUUGGAAAAAUUGAAGGCUGGUCAGAAAUUCAAUGAAGUUGCAGCAACGUAUAGUGAGGAUAAAGCGAGAUCUGGGGGUGAUCUUGGCUGGAUGACACGAGGUUCUAUGGUAGGGCCUUUCCAAGAUGCUGCUUUUGCAUUACCAGUUUCUAGUUUGGCAUCACCAGUUUAUACAGAUCCACCAGUAAAAACAAAGUUUGGGUAUCACAUCAUAAUGGUGGAAGGUAAAAAGUAAUUUCUUUUAAAGUACAGAUUUUUUAUAUGAUACUUUUGUAAAGCAUAUAUAUUAGAUUAAGAGUAAAUAUAUAUAAAUAUGUAAUACACCA